AUGUUAAAUGCAUCAACGAUUAAACUCAAAUCGACUUUCUUUUCGAACGCUUUGGAUGGAUUUGUAUGGGUAAUUGAUUGUGACUCUCAAGAAGUUGUAUGGAGUCAAUCAAAUCUACAAUUUACCAGCGAUCAACCUGAAUGCUUAGUGUUCAGCACUUCAGUGUCACUUUCCAAAUAUUGUCUACACUUCCAUAUCUAUAAAAUUUCUAAGGAUGAAGAUAAUAUUGACAAUAGUCAAGACACAUGUUGGGAACUUGAUGGCUCUGAAUUUAACUGGCAAUUAUCCUCAAUAGAUUGCGGACAAAUUCCUUCAGACAUAAAACCUUCUUUGUCUGGUAAGCAAAAUGUUAAAAUAACAAGGUUAAAGCUACAAACAUUUCGAGCAAAACAUGAAAUGGCCUAA